AUGUCGUCCAGAAAGCCAGCCGAUGUGGCGUCCAAGGAGCGCAACGAAUACAUUCCGUCCUUCAUCUCGAAAAAGCCCUUUUACGUCGACGAUGAAUCCAACGACGACUACCUUGAACAUCAGCGUCUACAAAAGAAAGCCCAAGAUCAGUCCAAAUGGUACGACCGAGGAAAGCGCGCGGGACCAGCUGCGACCAAAUAUCGCAAAGGUGCAUGCGAAAACUGCGGCGCAAUGACGCACAAGGCCAAAGAAUGUCUAAGCCGACCAAGGAAACAGGGCGCAAAGUGGACUGGCAAGGAUAUUCAGGCGGACGAGGUCGUUCAGAAGGUCGAUAUGGGAUGGGACGCGAAGAGAGAUCGCUGGAACGGCUAUGACGCCAGUGAAUAUCGCCAGGUCGUUGAUGAAUAUGAAGAGCUCGAGUCGAUGAAGCGAGCGGCGAAAGAGGGAGCCGAUCUUCAAAGAUUACAGGAUGGAGAGGACGGAGAAGACGCGCAAGACGAAGAUAUCCGCUACGCUGAAGAAUCCGACAUGGGCCGACAUCAGAGCACCGCCACGCGCAACCUCCGUAUCCGAGAAGACACCGCUAAGUAUCUUCUCAAUUUGGACCUCGACUCCGCGAAAUAUGAUCCAAAGACUCGUCGAAUGGUGGACAUGGGUGCCCAAGAGGAUCUGGCUUCUGCGCUGGUUGCAGAGGAAAACUUUGUCCGUGCUUCUGGCGACGCUGCCGAAUUCGAGAAGGCUCAGCGCUAUGCCUGGGACGCUCAAGAAGCAGGCCGGGCCCAGAUCCACUUGCAAGCGAACCCAACAUCUGGAGAAUUCCUCCGGAAGAAGGAGAAAGAGGAAACCGAGGCCAAACGCCAAGCCCAUCGUAAGGCCCUCUUGGACAAAUACGGAGGCAACGAGCACCUGGGCGCCACCCCGCUGCGUGACACAAUGGUUGUUGAGAACGAGCGGUUUGUGGAAUACGACGAGUCUGGUGCCAUCAAGGGCGCUCCCAAGAAAGCCACCAAGUCGAAGUACCCUGAAGACAUUAUGGUCAAUAACCAUACUUCGGUUUGGGGUAGUUGGUGGUAUGAAUUCAAAUGGGGCUACGCUUGCUGUUGCUCGACUGUCAAGAACAGCUAUUGCACGGGCGAAGAUGGCAAGGAAGCCUUCCAGCAAGAAGGCAAUAUGUUGUUACUAGCAGAGGCAGAUGGCAAUGCCGAUGGCGAUGACUUGGAAAUCUCAAAUGAUACCCGCGAGUCCGAGCGGGCUGAGGCACAAGAAUCGACGGUGAACAGCAAGAAGCGGACCUUGGAGGAGAUCAAAUCUGGAAUCACAGAAGCAGAGCUUGAAUCAUACAAGCGAAGUCGGCUGGAUGCUGAAGACCCCAUGGCGAAAUUCAUCGGAAAAGAUUUUGACUAG